UUUUCACCUGUUAUUCCUCUCAACCUGCCCCUCCUGACCCAUCCUCCGCCAUUUUCUCAAGGGGCCAAGCCCUAACUCACCUCCUUCUCCCCUCCCCUUAGGCAUGGUGCUUCUCGUGUUCCAAGAACCUGCAACCAAAAGAAGGGAAGCAGGCAGAUCUUGCGUCCCCAUCUCUUUUAACUCCCCAUCUGCACUGAACUUCCAGAUCUAGUCAAUUAGUGGUUUUGAACACAUCUUUUUUGCCAGAGAAGGUUGGCAGAAUCUUCCUUCUUUUUCUCCACAUCCCCUCUUUCUCUGUUUUGGUUUCUAUUUUCAUGUCUAGAGAGAGGCUGGAUGAGAUAGGUAAGAAAAUCAAGAGGGAAGCAGAUGCCACAGAUAGGAUGGGGAGAAGGCCCCUCUUGCUCAAUCAUUCAGGCACCCUCAAUACGAUAACCCCCUGUGCAGCCUGCAAGCUCUUGAGGCGUCGCUGUGCACAGGAGUGUCCCUUCUCUCCUUACUUCUCCCCCCAUGAACCGCAGAAGUUUGCUUCUGUACACAAGGUCUUCGGCGCUAGCAACGUCUCCAAAAUGCUCAUGGAGGUGCCGGAGGACCGACGUGCCGACGCCGCUAACAGUUUGGUUUACGAAGCAAACGUGAGGCUCAGAGAUCCAGUUUAUGGAUGCAUGGGUGCAAUUUCAGCACUGCAGCAGCAGGUGCAGUCCUUGCAGGCCGAGCUGAACGCCGUGAGAGGCGAGAUAUUGAAGUACAAGUACAGGGAGACCGCCAGCAUCAUGAACCAGUCCCAUGCCUCCUUGCUCGAUUCCACGGCCGCAGCCUCCGCCGUGGUGGUGGUCUCCCAGCCACAGCCGUCGGCCCCCCCUCCCCCAACCCAGCCGGCGCCGGCGGCCUCAUCGUCCAUGUACACCCAACCUUCAUCUGUCGAUUUUAGUUCCAUUUCGAAUGAAAGUGCUUCCUAUUAUGGUUGAAUCAUGUGAAAAAAUAUACUUCUAAUUUCGUUGAUUCUGUGGACAAUAACAGAUGGUGGAGUAUUGAUUCGUUUUUACUUGUAUUUUCUUGGGUUUUUUCCUCAAUCCUUUAGAGUUUUGGCAAUAAGAGAGAAACUGCAAGGAAGAUCAACAAAUUGUAGUGAUUAAAUCUGAACCUUUCUAGUUCUCGAAAGGUACUCUUUGUCCAGAUGCGAGCCCGCAUCGUUUCGUCACUCCAAAAGCAAUUGAUGAGCAUGUAAUAAAUACCAGCCGUGCAUCAUCACUACUACCCACUUCUUUCUGAACCGCUUUAUUUUCCCCUAUUCAUCAAUUUCCUCUCCAAAUAACCGCAGAUUCUGUCCUGUUGCCAACAUCAUGCUAUAUACCAACAUGUUCGUAUGACUGCAAUCAUGAAGGAGUACUUCUCUCAGUAGUUCACCAUCACCGUCGUCGUCAUCAUCAUCAUCACUCUCUCUCUCUCUCUCUCUCUCUCUUUUUGUCCAUUCUUUUCGUCUUCUUAUCAAUGAAGAACGACGAAGAAGUGUUCGUUUCCUGUAACAUCACACAGCAGGGAUCUGGACUUGUAAGGUAAGGCCAGAUCUUCCAUACUUGGGAAACAUUGGUUUAGAAACAGAAAGGUAUAGGAUAAACUGGUUUACAAAAGUCAGUGACCGAAGAAAUUCCACUUCCACUUAUGGCAUGGGGCCUGUUGAUCAUGAUUCUGCAGCCAUUAUAAUCUGCAGCUUAAACUAGGUUCAGGCGGAAAGUAUGUGGAACCAUUUUCGCCGAAGCCAUUAACAUUCUUUUUUUGGUAAAGCAACCAAGGAAGAACAAGGAGGCAGUGAGAAUGGAGACAGUGUACGAAGUCGGGGAAAAGUCAUGGGUAGGCUGUCCUUCAUUGCUGUUAGUGAAUGAUAGCGGAGUUGGUGCAGUGGCCGCCAUGAUCGGUGGGUCUUCAACUUGCAAAUGUAGAAGCAGAUGGGAAUAUUGGGAAUUCACUCACCACUGCAACUUGGAAUGGUUCCAGGAGUUUGGUAAAACAGGACCUGAAUUUUUUGCCUGGUUCAUGUGCAUUAAAGCCUAAAGGUCAUCCUCUUUCUUUUUUAAUUGUUUUUCUCUUCUUUUUUGCUGGUACUUUAUUUUUGAGCUUUAAAAAGGUAUUAAUGUUCCUUAUAUAGUGUUUGGAGACAAUGUCGUUUUGUGUGAAAUACUUAGCAAAUUUCUAUGGCCUUUUUGGCAAUCAAGCAUGGAAUAUUAGGCAAACAGGCAGAAUUCCCUGCAUUAGUAAUUUAGUAAAAAAAAGGGAAAAAAAGCAGAAUUUUCACUUAGGAAAAGAGAAAAUAGUAUGUGGAAAACGUACAAAAGAUGCAAAUUUACGGAAAAAGCGAAAAGCACCAUGUUUUUUUACCAUAAAUAUGAGAUAACCUGCUAGUUUUUGAUACGGCUUGCAAAAUAUUGUUAAAAUGAAUUUGACGAUAUUGUUAGGAUGUAAUAGUCUCCUCUUACAUUGUUUGGACUCUGAUUGACCGAUUUUGGUUACUAAAAAUAUAUAUGCAAAAGAUGCUAACAAUUGGCUUUCUUAUAUGUCAACUAAAAUAUUAUGAUUUCAUGUUCAUUCAUCCAAAUUGAUCCAUAUAUCGGAAUUAGAAGAAUCGAUUGAGCCUAUAUCUUUUCUUGAAAUGAAUAUUAGUGAAGGCCCUUACUAUAUAAUCAUGAACGCUUAUACAUAAAAAAAAAAAAAAAAAAAAACUGCAAUGUUUUAGGGCGGACAUUGAAGCAUGGUUUCUGUUUCCCCAUGGAUGAAGGAAACAUUAAAUUUAAUUCGGUUCUUCUGAUGAAUGCAGGAAGCUUUUCAAGAGGUGGCCAAAUUAAAGUUUUUUUUUUUUUUUCCUUCGACUAAAGGAAACAGAUCUGCACUCAAAGAAGUUCGUCUUCACAGCUAAGAAAGAAAUGUCAUGCUCAGUUUCUGAAAAUAUGCAACUAACGAGGCACCAACGAAGCAUAUGCGACAGAUCUGCCUGUUUGAUUUCUUCGAUUUUCUGGCAGAUCUGCUGUUUUAUUUAUUUUGUUAAGUGGGAUUCAGGCAGCAGGGUUGAUCGUUAGCAGAUCACGCGAGGGAAUGAUCAAUAGAUGGCAGGGACAUUAGAGCCUUAGUUUCUCCCCAUGGAUCUAUUGACCACACUAACACCUUCACUGUUGAAAUAUGAAGAUCAAUAGCCACUACGUUCUCAUAUGCCAAGCAAAUAACAUUCUCAAAAUUGGCUGAUACCUCCACGGUUUAUUUGUCUCAUCAUCAAACAAAGUGUGGGAACUCAUCUUCAUCACUACCCAUUAUCAUGGUCGCAGUUGGGCAGAAUCAGUUCCUGAAAGUCUUCUUAGUUUCUGUCGUAUUAGUGAGUCAUGUUUCAGUACAACCCCUCCCCAUCAUGCCGCCAUUGAUUUACUCACUCAAUCACUCAAUGAUGGAGAAGUACAGUAGAGUGCUUUAACAAUCUGAUUCGGUAGAUUAUGUGUUCUGUCCACAUCAAGACGACGUCUCAACAUGAAUCUUGAUGCUAACAGAUGCAAUAAGCAAUAAAAAAGACCAAGAGUGAACAGAAAUCCCGGCCCGCUUCUACAUCCAACAGCCUGUUGCUCGAAGGUGGGCUGCCUGUCUUGCUAACCUCCACUGAAGGCUGCUUCUGAACAAGGGGUUUACUGUAGUCAUUGUAGGGGAGGAUAGGGUGGCGUUGUCAUUUGUGGACGAUCUCCGCCAUACUCUUCUGUUUAUGGUUUUGGCCAAAUCCUAGUUUACUUGGCGUGCGGAAUUCUACCAAAAAAAGUACAUUUUCAGGUUAUCAAAUAGAAAAUAAAAGACAAAAUCGUCGCUUGUCUAUGUUUUAAUAUUGUUUCAUCAGUUCAUAUUUUAUUCUUGUUUUAAGUAUUUUGGAAUCAGUGCAGACAAUAUUAAAAAAAAUAAUUACAAGAGCUCCAUUUCUAUACAUACUUUACAUUAUUGCUUGCUUUUCAAUCAUUUUCUUUCAGUUCCAUGGAUGUCAUAAUAUUCUCAUGGAUUUUUUUUUUAUGUAGAAACUGAAAACUACGGUUAAUUAAUCAGGCAAAGCUGGUAGCAUGAAAUAAUUAGAUUAUUAUGUUGCACUACACGAUGCUACUGGGGUGCAUUUAAUUUCGAUGUUUAUCGAGGUUACCGUUGCAUGUGAUGUGAAGAUAUUUGAAAUUUUGUUUAUUUCAAGCUACAGUUUUAAAUCUUAUCCAAUUUGUGUUUGA